AUGAUUAGGGGCAUGGUUCCUCAGGUUUCCAUUAGGGAAGAGGUUAUGUUUAAGGAGGCUCAUGUUCCAUGGCGCAGGGAGAUGGUGGUGGAAGUGUUCAAAAGUUUUGCCAAGGACGGGCAGCUUUCCAAGCAUGAGUUGAAGGCAGCCUUCGACAAACUUGGGUCGCGUUGGAGCACUUUCAGAGCUUGGAGAGCUUUGAGCUAUGCAGAUGCCAAUCAGGACGGCCUCAUUUCUAAUGAUCACGAGUUCAAAGUCCUUGUCAACUAUGCCUUAGAAUGUGGCUAUGAACUCUAA